AUGCGAGCGGAGGAGCAGGCAGAGCUCCACAUCGGGGCAGAAAACGGUCAAGUUACCUGGGGACAAACGAAAACGUUCUGGCGCCGAAGAGCGCUGGGAGGGAGAGGCGACUUCAGGAGACCUCGGGCAGAGCCACGACCGCCUCAGCCGUCCCCGCCACCUCCGUCCCACCCUCCCUCCCCGCGGGCGGGAACAGCCGCGGGAGGGUUAACACCUCGAGGAAUUGUUGUAGGAACUCUUUUGGGCAUGGUGCUUCAUGUAAGAUUUAGUCCAGAUGAUCAGCAAGUGGCAGUGUGUGCUGGAAAUCGGAUCUACAUAUUAAGUGCAAAGACUGAAGCUAUACUAACUGAAUUGCAUGGCCACAUGGCUCCAGUGACUGCUGCCGAGUUUUGCACAUGGGAGAAAACUAUUCUUAUAUCAGUGUCAGAAGACAGAACCUUUAAGGUGUGGGACUAUUCUGCCGGACAAUUAAUAUAUCAGUCAGGAGUAUUAACAACAUUUCCUUUGCUAAGUCUGCUAAUUGAUGAAGAAAAUAAACAGUUUAUCGCUGGAUCUGCUGAGGGAACGCUUUGGAUCUUCAGUUUAAUCAGUGAUCAUAAUUACCGUUGUGUAACACAUAUCAACUUAAAGAAAGAGCAAGAGAAAUUCUGCAAUAAAGUGUGGAAAAUUGGAAAAGAAAUAGGUGAAGGGCAAAAUACUUCCAAGCUUUGCAAAACAAACAAUGUGAGACCAGAAGGAUCCGUGGAAGCAUCAUUGCCUGUCCUCUUCAUUGAAUGCUGUGACUUUCUAGUAUGUUUCCAUAAUGAAGAAAACAUACAUUCUGCCCUGAAUACUAGCUAUUUUUGGAUAGGAAGCUCUACUGGCUUGUUAAUAAUUAAUUUGGGAAACUUCGAAUUAGAAGCUUUUUUAUCUUACAAAGAUUACAGUGACCUCAGGAUUCGAUUUGCGAGAUCGUGUGCAUUAGCAAGGCAGGCAGUUAAUGGAAAGGUUUUAUGCUUGAUCACUUCAAUGUUUGAAGAUGUGUUUGCUGUGUUUGAAGUUAACCUUGCUGCAUUGGUGAGAAGUCAGCAAAGUGAUUUUCUCCUAUGUGGAAACAAGAAUAGUCUAUCAGUUAUUGCCAGGUGUUCUUUAUUGACAAAUUCUCCAUUGUGUAAAGGUUUAAAGAAAAACAUGAAAGAACCUGCUAGUAAAACAAUUGGAGUGAAAAGCACAAUGAAAGAUCAGCCAUUGGUUUUCCAUAAUAAAAUUAAGUCAUCAGGUUAUACAGCAGCACCACGAAUGACCAUGUUUUCUCCAAAUAAUAACCUGAAGAAAAAUGAGGUAUCAAAGUGGAAAACCAGUUGUAAACGUAAAACCAAAGAAUAUCCAUUGGAAAGUUAUCCUCCAGUCAAGUAUGAGAAAGAGAUAUCUGUUACUUCUAAACCAACACCAAUUUGUUGCAUGCAGUAUUCUGGGGAUGGAGAGAUGCUGGCUUGUGGCCUGGCUGACAAAACUGUACUGAUAUUCAGUUCCGAUCUCACCGAUACGUAUAAUGUCUUUUCAGGUCAUGAUGGUGCACUUAACUCUGUUGGCUGGAGUCAUGACAAGAAGUGGUUAGUUUCUGCAUCAGAAGACAGAACUUUAAGGAUCUGGUCAGUCUGCAAUAAGGAACCUGCCCUAAUUCUGGGCAAAGAAAAGUUCCAUAAGACUGUACGCUUUGCACAGUUUUAUUUUAUAGAUGCAUUUAUAUUGCUGUGUUGUGGAGCUGAAUUUCAUCUGCUAAAUUUCCAUGUAGAUACAACCAAGGAUGACCUCAAACGAUACAAACCGAGAAGUGUUUGCAAAUUGGUACAGAAAUUUCCCAUGUCUUCAACAAUGGAGAUUACCAGCCUUUCAGCAGUAAAUGAUUUUUACUCUUAUAUUGUACUUACAGCUGGCAGAAACCGAGCACUGGAAGUUUUUGACCUCAAUGCAGGCUGCAGCACAGCAGUGAUACCAGAAGUUCAUACUAGAUCAGUCCAUCAGAUCUGCCAAAAUAAGGGGUCAUCCUUCAGCACUCAGCAACCUGAAGCUUACAAUCUUUUCAUGACCGCAGCUGCAGGUGAUGGCAUCAAGCUGUGGGAUUUAAGAACACUAAAGUGUGAACGUCGUUUUGAAGGGCACCAUAGCUGCUGUCAUCCAUGUGGAAUUGCAGUAUCUCCUUGUGGACGGUUUAUAGCCAGUGGAUCAGAUGACAAAUGUGCUUACAUAUAUGAAAUGCAUUCAAGCAGUUUUUCACAUAAACUGGGGGGACACACAGAAUGUGUCAUCAAUGUGGCUUUUAGUCCCUCAUCCCCACAGCUCACCACAGCCACCUUGGAUGGCAAGCUCCAAUUGUUUCUACCCUGAUAUUUGCCAGGCUGUGGAGCUUUGGCCCUGGUCCUUUGAGAAUGAUGACUUGCUGAGAGAAAGGAGACUGGUAACCGGCCACAGGCAAGCAGCAUAAUAUUCCCUUUUCAACUACAGUUUUCUCCUAACUUUGUUUUCUGCAAGUUCCUCAAGCUGUUCUCAAAGUUUUCCAGUUGUACAAUCUGUUACCUUUAUUGCAAAAAUAUGGGCAAAUGAUCAAGACAAGAAAGAGACUAUUCAUUCUGACUUCGUUCAAGAAAUCACCACAGAAGUGGCUUUCAGAGGACCUCUUGGGUGCUUAUAGUUUGUGUAUUCUGUAGUACUUUGCUAGGCUAGGACCACUUUAGUUUGAAAAUGCAGUUAAAAGAAAAAUCGGUCCAUUGUCAAAGCUAGAUCUGUCUGUGACCAAAUAUUUAAAUUAAUCUGAAAGAGAGAAGAAUUGUACGUCUUUCUGAAAUGCCAUGAAAGUCCUGCUGCUAUACUCCUUUGGGGUUACUGGAAUCAGCGUGGAUGUUGUCUGAAGGCAGAAUUUUACUGGUUUAC